AAGCACUCUUUGCUCGAAUCCUCUCGACAGCCUUGCUGGUUCUAUCCGACAGCUCUACUCGCCCGAACGCUUUCCGCCGCAAUAGGCGAUGUCCCCGAGGUGUUAAAUACUCCCGCGACUCGAACAGACCUGGACACAACAACCACCAUCACCACAAUAUAGCCCAUCAUGGCCAGCGCAGCAGCGGACUAUCCCCACAGGGACUCGCACGACGAUGAAUCAAUUCUCGACGACGAUAUUAUCGAAGCUGACAAUGCCAUCGACGCCGACGACCCAUUGCACGAUACCUCCGACACCGCUCCCCUGAGAGGAAACAUCCAGUCUGACUCGUCGGGCUCCCGCGGCGGCAACCUCUCAGGAAACUACCUGACGUCCUCCAUCCCCGGCGAAGACCGUCGCGCCCCUCACAACACCAUCGAUGAGAGUGUGUGGGAUACCCUGUCGCGCGACUUUCGCGCCGUGUGGGAGAAGAUGCAUCAGGUCCUCUGGCCUAAGUAUCUCAUCGGAGGCAUGCUGCAGCGUGGGGGCGGAGGCAUUGGCGCUGCCGAGCGAGGAGAGGCGACUGGGUUUGGCGGCGGGUUGAGGAAUAUUAUGGGUCGUUGGCCUGAUGCCGACGUUGUCUUGCAGGGUGGGAUGAGUGAGGGCUUGCGCGAUUGGGAUCUCUGGGGUCCUCUGGUCUUCUGCUUGCUGUUGAGCAUGUUCUUGUCAAUGCGGGCCUCGAGCGAGCAGACCGAUGUCGUCUUUUCUGGCGUCUUCUGUAUUGUCUGGCUCGGCGAGAUGGUUGUGACCCUGCAGAUCAAGUUACUGGGCGGAAACAUUUCCUUUUUCCAGUCGGUCUGCAUCAUCGGUUACACCCUCUUCCCUCUGGUCAUCGCCGCCCUGCUUAGUGCCUUCGGUCUUCCAACCAUUGCACGGAUACCGGUAUAUCUCGUCUUGGUCGCAUGGUCUUUGGCUGCAGGUGUCAGCAUUCUGGGCGGCUCGGGAGUCGUUCGCAACCGUGUGGGUAUUGCAGUAUAUCCGUUGUUCGUAUUUUACAUUGCGAUCGGUUGCCUCUGUUUCAUCAGCUAAACGGAGGGGUGAGUUGGUAUGGUAGCUGUGGCAGGAUUCCUGAGAAUACGACCAGCGCCAUUGAAUGGAUGAGUAUGCCAGAGAAGAAAAGAUGAAUAGACCAAAGUGUAUCCCAUGUGGUGUGUCGUUCAUCUCAACGUUGCUCUGUUUACUUUCUUAUCUUACUAUUUCUCCUGUUUCCCUUUUUUUCUUUUAUUUUUUCCCUUUAUUUUUCAUUUUUUCAUGCCUCCAUGUUUGUAUGUCUUGAUAUUAGAACCCAUCCUAGCGACC